CGCUGGACAACACGCAAUUUCAAUAAGUCACGCCCUUUGCAUCUACCAGCUGAUGUUAAAGUGACCAUUGGAAGGGUCGCAAGACACGAAUAUACGAAGCAGCGUUUCUAAGACCUUGUGCUGAUCGGCCUUUCCAACAGCGCUCAAACUUUUGCUCAUGGCUAUCGUCGAGAACAGCGUUGUUCGUCCGGACUUGAGAGACCCCAAUAUAUAUCUUCCCGGCGUCACCUUUCCGGAAAAGGUUGCAACAUCGCAGGAUCUCACGACCGCAGAGGAACCACAGACCUUUCCAGGCCCCGAAAUAAACGGCCGCGCGACAGAGGUGACCCUCCUCUCUACAGACCAGCUGGCCAAAUCCGCGUUUUUGCCCUCAUUACACCACAUCAUCAACGAUGCAUUCGGCAACGGUGAUGGUCGCAAAGGGAUCUGGGAACGCAAGAAUGACCGAUUGAAGUCCGAUAACCAAAUAAUCGACGAGCUGGGCAGUGUGCCCGGCACCUUCACCUACGUCUUGUCGUUUGCCGGCACGAACCAGGCGGUCGGCACGGCGAGUGGCAAGCGAUACGAAGGACGACAGCUGAUUGUAGAGAAGUGUGACAAGGCGGCACGGGAGAAGAACACGUGGAAGCGCACGGGGCUGGUGCCCGAUGACACGGAUGCGUGGGAGCUCGCGCUGAUGGCCGUCGAUCUGAACGCGCAACGCCAGGGAGUCGCGCGGUAUCUGAUGGAGCUGGUGGAGAAGGAGCUGAAGCGGAGGUUCCAGGCAGCCGCGGUGGAUGCGAAUGGCGAGAAGAAGCCGCAGGUUCUGAAGACGAUGCUUACGUGCAUGAAGGAGAUCAACUAUGGCUUCUACACGCGCAGGGGCUUCGCGCCCGAUUAUGAAAUCUUUUAUGAGCCGGGUCACCUUGGAAGUACCAAUGGAUUUACGGUGAUCCAUAUGUCGAAGACGGUGAACUUGGAGGAUGUACCGACGUGAGAGGAUGCUGUUCGCCAGAGAGAGGAUAGCGACUAUAGGUAGACAUAGAGUGGUCGUGCAAUUCACGCGUGGAAUCUUCCAUCGAACCUGAAUGUCAUUUUACUAGCACUCAUGCUAAGUUACUUGACAAGGGCAGCG